AUGGACGACGUUGAAGACAACCAAGAUGAUGUCUUGGGGCUAUCAGAGGAUGAGAACAUUAUGAAGCCCAUGAACAAAAUUGGCGGUGAAACAUUAACGGGAGAUGGCAUAAUUAUACCCGAGGUGGGAAUGUUGUUCAAAAAUGAACAAGAUAUGUAUGAUUUCUACAAAAAAUAUGCUUACACUGUGGGCUUUCCAGUUAAGAAAAGGAAUUCCAAAAAAGGGGAAGAUGGUGUUUUAAGAUAUUUGACAUUGACAUGUAGCCGUGAAGGUGGAAGUGUUGGUAAUAGUAGUGGUUCUUUGAAGCCGUACCCAAUAGUGAAGCUGGGUUGUAAAGCCAGAAUAUCUCCAUCUUGUGAUGUUAUAGGAAAUUGGAGAAUUAAUGCAGUAAACCUAGAACACAAUCAUGAUACAAGUCCUUCUAAAUCCCGACUAUAUCGAUGCAACAGACAAUUGAGCGCAGCUAUGAAACGAAAGCUUCAGGUGAAUGAUUUGGCAGGAAUUGCGGUUCACAAAAGUUACAACUCUGCAGUUGUAGAAGCUGGAGGUUAUGAGAACAUGUCUUGUAUUGAAAAGGAUUGCCAGAAUUGCAUAGAAUGCGUGAGGCGAUUAAAACUUGGAGAAGGAGAUGCUACAGCAAUUCAAUCUUACUUUUCCAAGAUGCAAGCACAAUGCUCGGGAUUUUAUUUUGAUAUUGAUUGGGAUGAGGAGUCGCGGUUGAAAAAUGUGUUUUGGGCAGAUAAUCGGUGUGUAAAUCAUCAUGGACAGUCGACACUGUUGGGUUGCGAUUUGGUAUCGAACGAAGACACUAAUACUUUUGUAUGGUUGUUCAAAACAUGGCUUCAAUGCAUGCACGGUCAAGCUCCACAUGGUAUAAUUACUGAUCAAGACAAGGCAAUGCAAAAUGCAAUUGAAAUUGUCUUUCCAAAUACCAAACGUAGAUGGUGUUUGUGGCACAUCUUAAAGAAGUUGCCGGAGAAGUUUGGCUACCACGUGGAUAAGCAUUCGAUAUUUGGGGCUCUACACAGAUUGGUGUAUGAUUCACAGUCCAGUGAUGAAUUCGAAAAUGGUUGGGGAAUGAUGAUUGAUAUGUAUGAAUUGCAUGAGAAUGAUUGGCUAUCGGGAUUGUACGAAAACAGAGGACGUUGGGUUCCCUGCUUCUUGAAAACGACUUUCUAG